CUUUGUGACCUUGAAGAAGGACAUGGACUCUGAGGUGGAUGAGGUUGUUCGGGUCCUUUUCCAGAUGGUGUGGAACUCCCCAGAAUUUGUUCAGAAAGCAGCCAGUCAGACCCUGGGGAUCAUGGUGGAGAAUGUGACUCCUGCACGAGCAAUGUCUGCUCUCAUGGACAUGGGAGUCAAGAGCCGCCACGUCCAGGUGCGGAAGUGUGCGGCCGAGCUCCUCCUGUCCUUGAUGGAGAGAAUUGGAGUCACAAGGCUGGCAGGCACACCCAGGGCUGAGAGGCUGGCACACGUGGCAGGGAAGCUUGCACAGGACUGUCACAAGGACACAAGGUAAUGAUCUUCAUUUCACCUCCUAAAAGAGGAAAACCGUUUUGUGUCUGGCUAUAAAGGUAAAACGACAAAAGAGUGGGAACUAAACGAAAUAUGAAGUAACCUCACUGUGUGAGUAAGGGUCAUAGAAUGAUGGAAUAUGCUGAGUUGGAAGGGACCCAUCAGGGUCAUCGAGUCCAUCUCCGGGCCAUGUGCAGGACACCCCAAGAGU